AUGUCCCAGUUUGCUCCCGAGAGAGGACACCGGUUAAGACAGCGCUCUCCACCCCCACCGGAUGAGGGGACACCUCCCGGAGGAAUGGGGUCCAUCCCUCCGGGAGAGCUCGGAGACGGAGCCGUGAGCGCCGUGUCCGUGAAGCAACGCCUCGCUGACGCAGCGAGUUUUUCUGUAGUUGGUCACUCAUCUGCACGACGUCAGAGGAAGAAUAGCGCCAUGGCUAAAGUGGCUCCAUUAGUCCCGCCCACCAUCGUGCUACAAGACAUGGAGGAGGAGCCAGGUGACGCCAGGGAGGGGGUCAGAGACGCUCAAAGAGCAGGACCAGUUUUGUUCAACGUCAACAACAGCAACAACAACGAGGAGGAGGAGGAGAAGAAGAAAAAGAAGAAAGAGAAGAAGGAGAGAAAAGAGAAGAAGGAGAAGGAGAGGCAGGAGAAGAAGGAGAGGAAGGAGAAGAAAAAGAAGGAGAAGGAGGAGAAAGAGAAAGAGGAGAAGGAGAAGGAGGAGAAGGAGAAGGAGAAGGAGAAGGAGAAGAAGGCUCCCAAGGAGGUCGAGGUGAUCGAUCCAGCUGGUAACACCUACUACCACUGGCUGCUCAUUAUCACCAUCCCCGUCAUGUACAACUGGACCCUGAUCAUAGCCAGGGCCUGUUUUGAGGAGCUGCAGACUGACUAUGUGGUCUACUGGUUCAUCCUGGACUUUCUCUCCGACCUGCUCUACCUCGCCGACAUGGUCUUCAGAACCAGGACCGGUUACCUGGAGCAGGGUCUGCUGGUUAAGGACGAGCAGAAGCUGCGUGAGCGCUACAUGAAAAGCUUCCAGUUCAAACUGGACAUGAUCUCCAUGAUUCCCACCGACUUGCUGUUUGUCGUCCUCGGCCUCACCUACCCCGAGAUCCGCCUCAAUAAGCUCCUCAGGUUCAACAGGAUGCUGGAGUUCUUCCAGAGGACGGAGACCAGGACUAACUACCCCAACGCUCUUCGUAUCUCCAACCUCGUCAUGUUCAUCGUCAUCAUCAUCCACUGGAACGCCUGCCUCUACUUCUCUUUCUCCAAGGCCAUCGGCUUCGGCUCUGACAGGUUCGUGUAUCCCGACCCGACAGAUCCGGAGUUUGGUCGUCUGGUGAGGAAGUACGCCUACAGUAUGUACUGGUCCACGCUGACGCUCACCACCAUCGGAGAAACGCCGCCGCCGGUGGAGAACUCUGAGUACUUCUUCGUUGUCACUGACUUCCUGGUCGGUGUGUUGAUAUUCGCCACCAUCGUCGGUAACGUCGGCUCGAUGAUCACCAACAUGAACGCUGCUAGAGCCGACUUCCAGGCUCGCAUCGACGCCAUCAAACAGUACAUGAGCUUCCGAAAGGUAACGAAGGACCUGGAGAAGCGAGUCAUCAAGUGGUUCGACUUCCUGUGGACCAACAAGAAAGCGGUGGAUGAGAGGGAGGUGCUGAAGUACCUGCCUGACAAACUGAGAGCCGAGAUCGCCAUCAACGUCCACCUGGACACCCUGAAGAAGGUUCGAAUCUUCGCGGACUGCGAGGCCGGUCUGUUGGUGGAGUUGGUGCUGAAGCUGCAGCCCCAGGUCUACAGUCCAGGAGACUACAUCUGCAAGAAGGGCGACAUCGGCAGGGAGAUGUACAUCAUCAAGGAGGGAAAACUCGCCGUCGUCGCUGACGAUGGCGUCACGCAGUUUGUUGUUCUGAGUGACGGGAGCUACUUUGGCGAGAUCAGCAUCCUGGCUAUUAAAGGCAGUAAGGCAGGAAACAGGAGGACGGCAAACAUCAGGAGCAUCGGUUACUCCGACCUCUUCUGUCUUUCCAAAGACGACCUGAUGGAGGCGCUGAAGGAGUAUCCUGAUGCUAAGGCUCUGUUGGAGGAGAAGGGAAGGCAGAUUCUGAUGAAGGACGGACUUCUGGACCUGGAGGUGGCGGCGCAGGGCCCCGACCCCAAGGAGAUGGAGGAGAAGGUGGAGAGGAUGACGAGCACGCUGGACGUCCUGCAGACACGUUACGCCCGGCUGCUGGCCGAGCACGAAGCCGCUCACGGCAAACUCAAGCACAGAGUCACCCGGCUGGAGAAGAAGCUGCCGCUGCCGCCGCGGGCCGACCGCCCGGGUGACGCUCCGCCCCCUCCGACACCCGAGACGGCUAAAGAGGAAGAGGAGAAGAAGUAGGACGGGGAGGAGCCCGGGUUAGCCGGGUGGAGAGAAAGAGGUCGAAGUUCGCGUCCCGAAACAAGAUUCAUUUCAAAUUCUGUUCCCCACGUCCAGAUUCACGUUACAUCCAGAAGCGUAGAGAGGAAACGAGCUACGCCACGACUGUGUCCAGCUCUCGCGCUGCUUCGCAAGUCUUUUGAAAACUUACCGGAAGACGUUCGCCGGCGGGGCUGGAGACGAACCGGAACGCAGGCGGACCGACUCUGGAUUGGACAACCGAGCCUCAGAAGACUUGAGA